AUGUCCUCAACAUCCGAAAGCUAUCCUACCUACAUCUACAAAAUCCUCCCAUCUGAUGCGAAGCCAUCCUCGCCUCUUCCAGAAGCUCUCCCAGUCUCCGAUUUAGACCAGAGAGAUGGGUUUGUUCAUUGUUCCACCUCACAGCAAUUACUAGGAACUUUGAACGCAUUUUUCUCGUAUGUUGAUCCCCUGUAUUCCCAGUUCUUGUACUCGUAUAAUUCCACACCCUCUCUAGAUACUAUUUCCUCCAAUUUUCCAGAAUUAACACAUAUCAGAAAUGAAUCUCACGUCUACAUUCUCCGCAUCAAGUACGAGAAAGUAGCUUCGUACAUCAAAUGGGAGAACGCAGUAGGUAAACAACCAGAGGAAGUAGGUGGAUGCUGGGAUACGGAGGGGAAAGCAGGGUUCUUUCCUCAUAUCUAUAAUGGAUUGAAGGUGGGAAAAGACGAAGUUGAUGAUUCGGAAGAAUGGAAACAGGGAAAUAAGGGGUGGUCGGGUGAGGGCUGGUGCUGGGGGAAGGUGGACUGUCCUGUUUAG